UUGUUGUUGCAUGAGUUCGGCCAUCCAUCAUGGACCGACGUGCGCAAUCGAUUCCGGGCGGGUGAGUUGUCGCUGAAGGACUACCAGGAGGCGACAUUCCUGCAGAUGCAAGCGGACAAGGACGCGAUGCGGUCCUACGUGCAGGCACACGCAAACUUCCGACCUCACUUCGCCGAAUUGUCCGGGUUCUGCCAGGAGCAUUCGAUCCCGAUGUGCAUAAUCAGCCAGGGGCUGGACUUUUACGUCCAGGCACUACUGGAUGGCAGUGAGCACGCGGGCAUACCCGUGUAUGCGGUGGCGACCGAGUUUGACCGGGAAGGACACGUAUCGGGUUACCGGUACGAUUUCGCGUACCCGGACGCCCCGCACCUGGGAAACAGCAAGGCUCUCAUCGUACGCCGUUUCCAGGAACAGGGGCAUCACGUAUUUUUCAUGGGGGACGGCCGCUCGGACUUCGAAGCCGGCGAGGUUGCGGACACGGUGUACGCCCAUCGUCAGAUGGCGGCGAUGUGCGACCAGGCCGGGAUCGAGUUCUAUCCAUUCACCGAUUUUGGGCCGGUGUUGGAAGCGAUCCGUGAAUACAUGGCCGCACCGCCGCGCAGUUGA